UACCGAUUAGACAAAGCCAAUGGUGUAGGUCUCCCAAAAAUUCCAGUUCAUCCUAUUGGCUAUCAUGAUGCUGAGUCAUUACUGCGUAAUAUGGGAGGACAUGCACCACCUGAUAGUAGCUGGAAAGGAAAUUUGAAUGUGUCUUACAAUGUUGGUCCUGGUUUCACAACACAUUAUUCUACAAGAAAGGUGAGAAUGCACAUUCAUAGCAACAAUGAAAUAAGAAGGAUUUACAAUGUGAUUGGUACCAUCAGAGGCACAGUGGAACCAGAUAGAUAUGUCAUCCUGGGAGGCCACCGCGACUCAUGGGUAUUUGGUGGCAUUGAUCCUCAGAGUGGGGCAGCUGUGGUACAUGAGAUUGUGAGGAGCUUUGGAAACCUGAAAAAGAAAGGAUGGAGGCCAACGAGAACAGUGAUAUUUGCAAGCUGGGAUGCAGAGGAAUUUGGCUUGUUUGGAUCAACAGAGUGGGCUGAGGAAAAUGCCAAAGUAUUGCAAGCACGGGGAGUGGCUUAUAUCAAUGCAGAUUCGUCCAUCGAAGGAAACUACACACUACGAGUGGAUUGCACACCACUGAUGUACAGUCUGGUGUACAGUCUGACUAAAGAGAUACCAAGUCCUGAUGAGGGGUUUGAAGGAAAAUCUCUUUAUGAGAGCUGGUAUAAAAAAAAUCCAUCAAGAGAAUAUAAAGAAGUCCCCAGAAUAAAUAAACUGGGUUCUGGCAAUGACUUUGAAGUCUUUUUUCAACGUCUUGGCAUCGCUUCAGGCAGAGCACGUUACAGUAAAAAUUGGAACACAGAAAAAUAUAGCAGCUAUCCAGUUUACCACAGUGUCUAUGAAACCUAUGAAAUUGUGGAGCAGUUUUAUGAUCCCACUUUCAAGAAUCAUCUGACAGUAGCUCAGGUACGGGGAGGGCUAGUGUUCGAAUUGGCCAACUCUGUUGUGCUUCCUUUUGACUGUAGAGAUUAUGCAUCAGCUGUGAGCAACUACGCUCACAUCAUCUAUAAUUUGUCAAGGAAUCAUGAAGAGGAACUGGCAACAUACAAUGUAUCCUUUGAUGCUCUCUUUUCAGCUGUGAAGAAUUUUACAGAAGUUGCUGCUAGCUUUCAUGAGAGACUGCAACAAACAGAUGUCAAUAACCUGCUUGCUGUAAGAUCACUAAAUGAUCAGCUCAUGUUUCUAGAAAGGGCUUUCAUCGAUCCUCUUGGAUUACCUGGCAGGCCAUUCUAUAGACAUAUUAUCUUUGCUCCAAGCAGCCAUAACAAGUAUGCAGGAGAAUCAUUUCCAGGGAUCUAUGAUGCCAUGUUUGAUAUUGAAAGCAAAGCUGAUCAACAUGAAGCCUGGGAAGAAGUGAAAAGGCAGAUUUCCAUUGCAGCUUUCACUGUGCAGGCAGCAGCAGAAACACUGAAGGAAGUAGCAUAA